AUGUGCAGUGAUGACGAAGAUGAUUUGUACGCGUUCUUAGGGGAUGGAGCCGACCCUACCGGUACCCCACCUCGAAGGUCGUCCUCCUUGGUGCGUAUAAUGAAAAAGUUCAUUUCGUUGGGAAAGUCUGACAGUCAUCGAAAGAAGAAACGAAAGCAGGGGCAGGGGCGUAACGAUGACAGCGACGGUGGUCCCAACUAUUCUUGGGAGCACCACCAAGAUAUCAAGAAAGCACCAAAACGCAAAACGAGCUCCUUUCUUCGCAACCUCUUGGAAUCCAAAUCCAAAUCCAAAUCCAAACAUAGGGAGAAGCAAGGAAGACGGCAAGAGGAAGAUCAACCAGCACCCACGGCAUCAAGCCGACAUCGCAAAUUUGUGGAAGGUCAGCAAAGGGAGCAGAAAAGAACGAAGACGACCGUAAGAGUGAGCUGA